AUGCAGGCCGUCAACUCUUGCGGUCCAUGCGGACGGGGCAAACGGCGUUGUGACCGUGGUUGGCCGAGCUGCUCUACAUGCACACGACUCAGUCGGCCAUGUGUGUAUGAUAAAGAUACCUUGCGGCCAGUAGAGACUGAAGCCGGCCUCAAAGUACGGGACGCUCUAACAAAGACAGAUGCCAAUUCGUCGAGGUCGUAUUCGCCACAAUCAUCACGGUCCGCGACAGAUGUCUGGAACAGUCCCAGCUUUACUGAUGUCACAUCUGGCGUCGAGCCCUUUCUUCAUGACUCUCUUAGGCGACCUACAGUCGAUGUUAUUGUUCAGAAGCAACUCCUCAAGAUUGUCAAGUCCCGCAGCGAGAUGCACCGGAUAGCAGACUCAUACUUUGCCACCAUUGCUAGACGAAUAUCGAUUGUAUCGGCACAAAGAUUCUACGCAAGGCUACCCAAGAUUGAGUCUCCUAGCUGCGGUGCCGACUUUGCUGCCCUCUGUCUAUGUGUGCAUCUCGUACUGCAACUGCCGCUGUCGCAUGAUAGCAGUAUGCAGUCGUCGCUUUACGUGACGGUAAAGGGCAUCAUCAGUCUGCUGGAGGCCACCUCUUUUCAAUCCGUUGAAGUGAUACAGUGUCGUAUCCUCAUAGCUUUCUAUGAAAUUGGUCACGGCAUCUAUCCGGCUGCAGCCGCAUCUAUAGGAGGUUGCGCUAAGAUGGCGCGCUUUGCCGGCUUCCACCGACAUUCUAUCCUUUCGACAUAUGAUGAAGAAAGAGAGAUUGUAGUGGAAGAAAAGAAGCGAACACUAUGGGCGCUGCAUAAUCUAGACCGCUACUUGAAUCUCUCCAUGGGAGAAAGCAUCUUUACCACGCCAUUCGCCCAAGAAACCGAUCCUCUCCCCAUUGAAGAAGAUUUAUGGGCUAAAAAUAUUGCUCCGAGCUUGGUUACACACAACCUAAACACCCCAGCUGAUGUUAGCAUCGGCUCAUUUGCUCGCGAGUGCCAAAUUUCUCACGUGGUUGGACGUGUGCUGAGAAACGUAUACGAGCCCGUCUCAGAUGAAGCUUUCCAGGCCAAAGAAGCCGCGCAGCUCGAGGCGACCAUGUCUACGUUUAUCCCAUUGCUCCAGAAUGACACAGAAGACUUUGGAAAAUAUUGCAUCUCCUUUGCUAUUUGCAGCAGCGCUAUAUUUACUCUUUAUGGCUGUUCAGCUGAUCAGGAAAGAUAUGGUGUGCGGAUUCAAAACUGUCCUGCUACUCUAGCGGAACAUACAGCCCUCGAAACCACCCGUUAUUGUCGUAAGCUAUUUGAGGAUGAGGAGGCCAUCAACUACAGCUGCCUAUCUCCGUUUGUGCCUUACGCGCUCUAUCAGUCUGCUGUCAUCCAGCUGCAAUUACUCCAGCGCGAUCCAAAUGCCAAAUACGAAGACAAUGUUGAGUUUCUAAAGCAAGUCUUGAGGAACUUUGGUAAAAGAUGGAUGCUAGCAAGUAAGUAA